UAUAAUUUAAUUUAAAGAAAAAAAGAAAAAAAUCUAUGGCAUUUAAUACUGCGUCCAUAAUACUUUGAACUGCUAGCCAACCUUUUUGGUUGUCAAUCCGAAUAGUUUUUCAAUUGCCUGUAGUUUCGUAAACAUUACGAAAACGGAUCUAAAGCGUCGUCGUCGCGUUCACGAUCAUCGAUGUAUCUGUUCCAGUAAAAUUCAAAAUUGCAUAAGCAAAAUUUUUCUACAGUCAAAUACCACCACGUACGCACAACAACGUCGUCCGCAUUUGAAAUUCCAUCAGAAGCGAAAAAAGCGAAAGAAGAAAAAGUAAAAAAGUGAUGGCGUAAAGAAAAUAUAUAUACGUGAAAAUUUUCGUACGUCUGAAAAAACGACGAAUAGCAGCAACAAAAAGUUGCGCUAUUUUGGGAAAUUUUCAAAGCAUUUAGCUGUUUUGGUAAACAAGUGCAAUGUGACUGUUUAGAAACGCCAAGUUUUCCUUAAAAAAAAAAAAAUUCCAAAACAAGUUUCCGAAAUAUUUGUGCGCUGCGUGCAAAAACAAAAAAUCAAGGACUCAGUGCAUGCGUCCUCAGUGUUAGUGAAAAAUACUGCAACCAAAAAAUCACUAAAACAGUGUCUUUCGAAUUGUGUUUUCUUAAAACUGAAAUUGCUAAGCCAAUUAGUGGCAUUUACAAAAACAAAGCCAGAAAACAAAAAACCUCAAUUAAAAACUGAAAAAGUGUGAAUAGCAAAGGCAAAAAGGCAACGCGCAUUAUAACAAAGACGUCUAACGCCACCCUGCAGUUGAGUGUAGAAGAAAAAGUGAUUAAAGCAACAAAAACUACUGCACUGACAUAUUACCCAAGAACAAGUGUCUGCGCUCACUAUUCCAACCCUGAUGGCAACAACAGCACCGGCCAGCGCCCCCGUGAUCAGCUAUAGCAGCUCCGACACCAGCAGCAGCAGCAAGCCGAUUACCAUACCCUUGCUUGUGCGCUAUUCCAGCCAGUUGUCAACUGGUUCGGCGGACAGUGGCGUCAUUGUUGGCGGCAGUUCCUCCAGCACAUCUGUGUGCAUACCUAAAAAGAACCGCAUCACCACCAACUCUUCACUGGAUACGCGCUGCAAUUCGCUCUGUCUGCAUGGCUCGAACGUGAAAUGGCAGCUGCAGAAGCUCAAGCAACCCAUCAAUAAACAGCUGCUCUCGCAGGAUAGUGGCAUUGAUGCUGUCGUCGAUGGCGGUAGCGGCGUCACAUUGGCCGUUGAUGGCGACGCGGACUCGACGGCCGGCUCGCAGCAGCAUCUCAAGUCCACGCAGUGCUCCUCAUCAAGCAGCGAGUCGCUGGGCGGCAACUCCUCUGGACUGUCGCUAUCCAAGUAUUCGGAAGAUGGCGGUGAGUCAGAGAACUCGUCAGGCAUUUGCAUGAGCGUGGGCAGUGGACGCCGCAUCAAGUAUCGCAAUAGCGCUAGCACCUGCACGCAGGGGCUGGAGGACCGCAUCGACGAGGUGGACAUACCCGAUGAUUACGAUGAGGAAGUCGACGACGACGAUGAUGUUGUGGAUGUUGACGAGGAUGAUGAGGUGGAUGUGGGUGUAGACGAAGACGAGGACGUGGACGAUGAUGAUGAUGUCAGCAAUAGCGACGAUGACAGCGAUUCAGGCAACAACUCUGGUGUUGUGGGCGAAUCAGGCAGCAUUUCAGUGCCUGCCACGGCCACAACACUUAACGGCUCGUUCGGCAAAAUCGUACCGGCGAAUGCUUUAAGCGCCAAGGAUCCUCCAAUUGCCAAUCACUUGGGCAUCAACUCGUCUGUGCAUGCGCAAUGCGCUUCAGCGCCGGUAGGCAGUGUCACUUACACCUCGUCCCACCACAAAGCCAAUGAAACAAAUAAGCCAACCACUAGCAGUAGUAAUCAUAAUAAUCUAAAUAAUAAUCGUAGUAGUAGCACUAGAGAUCAUAGUAGUAGUAGUAGCAAUCCGCAAGCAGCCACUAAGUCCAAAAAUCCCGAAUCACAAGUAUUGGCCACUGAUGGCAAUUAUUAUUUUCCGCUGCUGAAAAUCUCCGACGAUCCGUACAUUGACUCAAAAUUGAUCAACAAGAAGGAUGGCCUCCAGGAUACCAUGUACUAUCUGGACGAGUUCGGCAGUCCGAAAUUGCGCGAGAAAUAUGCACGCAAACAGAAGGAGAAGGAACAGAAACAGCAGAAGGCGCAACAGAAGCAAAGCAAACGGGAGGAGGAGCGUAAGAAGCGUACAACGUUAGCGCCAAAUGCCACCGCCACUGCUGCAUUCACGACUGACAAAAACCCAAUUAAUGGUUCAACGAUGGCAUCCAAAAAACAACGCAACGUCAUAGACGAUGCGACAAACUGUGAUGAUAGUUGUAAGGAGCAUAGGCAAAGUAGUAGUUGUAAGCACAAAUGCGGCGCCGUUGCUGGGAAUGACAAGACGCUAGCGCUGGCGGCUACCGAUGCGGACUCGAGUCGGCAGCAAACAGAUGUACGAAUGACAGCGAGCAACAAGUCGCUGUCCACCGCGUCCUGCGUGACCUGGAAUAAAGUAUUUCGCAAGUUCAAAACUGUCCUAGGCAGAGAUGGCUCCAAGAUUACAACAGUCGUUGCCACACCUGGUCAAGGUACGGACCGCGUGCAAGAAGUUUCCUACACAGAUACCAAGGUGAUCGGCAAUGGCAGUUUCGGUGUGGUGUUUCAGGCGAAAUUGUGCGAUACCGGUGAGCUGGUAGCUAUCAAAAAAGUUUUACAAGACAGGCGAUUUAAGAAUCGUGAAUUGCAAAUUAUGCGCAAACUGGAGCAUUGUAACAUUGUAAAACUUUUGUAUUUUUUCUAUUCGAGUGGUGAAAAGCGUGAUGAGGUGUUUUUGAAUUUAGUACUCGAAUAUAUACCAGAAACCGUAUACAAAGUGGCACGUCAAUAUGCCAAAACUAAGCAAACGAUACCAAUUAAUUUUAUACGGCUCUAUAUGUAUCAACUGUUCAGAAGUUUGGCCUACAUCCACUCCUUGGGUAUCUGUCAUCGUGAUAUCAAACCACAAAAUCUGCUCUUGGAUCCAGAAACGGCUGUGCUGAAAUUAUGCGAUUUCGGCAGCGCCAAACAGUUAUUGCAUGGCGAACCGAAUGUAUCAUAUAUUUGCUCGCGAUAUUAUCGUGCACCGGAGUUAAUAUUUGGCGCCAUCAAUUACACUACAAAAAUUGAUGUGUGGAGCGCCGGCUGUGUAUUAGCUGAAUUACUGCUCGGUCAACCAAUAUUCCCCGGUGAUUCUGGUGUCGAUCAACUCGUUGAGGUUAUCAAAGUUCUAGGCACACCGACACGGGAGCAAAUACGCGAAAUGAAUCCAAAUUACACGGAAUUUAAAUUUCCACAAAUUAAGAGUCAUCCAUGGCAGAAAGUUUUCCGUAUAUGCACUCCGACAGAAGCUAUCAAUCUGGUAUCGCAACUGCUCGAGUACACGCCCAGUGCACGCAUAACGCCACUGAAGGCGUGCGCACAUCCAUUCUUCGAUGAAUUGCGUCAGGAGGGCAACACUACAUUGCCCAAUGGACGGCCCAUGCCGCCAUUAUUCAAUUUUACAGAACAUGAACUUUCGAUACAGCCAAGCUUAAUCCCACAAUUGUUGCCAAAACAUCUGCAAAAUAACAGCGCAGGUCGACCGGUCGCCGGUGCUGGUGGCGAAGGCGCUUCUGGCUCAGCAUCAAAUCCGUCAAGUGGGGCCGGUACGCCAGGCGGCGCAACUUCCCAAGCAACUUCAGGCACACAAUCGAGUGCAUCGGCCAACGCCAACAGUGGCGGAGCAGCGGCCACCACAUCGUCCAACACCUCAGCAGCAACAGCCGGCAAUACCGCGAGUGGCGGUGCGUCCUCAGCGACCCAAGCAGCGCAAGCGAGCGGCGGCAGCGGCGAUGCGGCCAAUAACAGCAACGGCGGCAACCAGCAGCAGGCGGGCGGUAUCAGCGCAACAGCGGCAGGCGCGGGCGAAACCGCUUCGAAUGCAAGCGGCGGCAGCGGUGGCAAUGGCAAUGCCGCCAGUGGUGGCAAUGGCGGCAGCAAUAACAGCGGGGGCAGUGGCAACGGCACUCAACCGCAACAGACAGCGACGACAAUGGGUUAGCGAGCUGCAAUCUAAGUACAUGGAGGGCCUAUUAAUUCUAAUAAGAAUAAUUAAAUUUAAAUAACAAAAAAGAGAAACAUUUAAAAGUAUAAUAAAUAAUGCUAUAAAAGUUAAAAAAGUGUACGAGUACAGAAAGCAAAAACAGAAAAUAAGUAAAAAAAAAAUAUAGAAUGGAAAAUAUUGAAAAAAAAAAAACAAAAAAACUAACAUACACGUAUAAUUAAUUAUAUAUUAUAUAAUAAAUAAUUCAUAAUUAUUAAAAAGCUAAAAGGUAAAUACUUUAAACGUAAAUAAUUGCAAAAACAAGAGAAAACAAUAAAAAUAAAUAUAUAAAAAAGGAAUAAAAAAUCACAGAUCGAAAUGAGGGGAGAAAGGCAAAACAGUUUUAAGGCACAGAUAACAACAGUAGCAAAACAAAACAAAAAAAGGAGGAAACUAGUAAACAGAGUAAUAUUAAUUUUGAAUAUUAUUAUUACUUUUAUUAUUAGCAGAAAACAUAAACAACAUAGAGGUUAGGUGAAUAGCAGCAAGAAAAUUAAACAAAAAUUAUAAUGUGCAUAAAAACGACAUAUUAGCAACAAAAAAUAAAUAAAUAAAUGAAAACAAGCAGCAGUAAAAGAAGGAAAACUGAUAAAUAAAUUCAUAUUGAUAAGCAACUAAAAAUGGUAAAUGCAUAAAAACAAAAAAAGCAAAAAAUAUAUAAAUAAAAAAAUACUACAUUAAAUUUAUUAUUACAAAACAAAAGGUAGCAUAAAUCAUAUAUUUGCGUUGUAUAAAUGAUGAUUAAAAGUAAAAGAGUUAAUGAAAUGACGACUCUGAUGCGCUGAUGGUAUGAAAAAGGCGCAAAAAAGUAGCUUAGUUCAAGGACUUACGCAAAUGCAGCAGUUUAAUUUUGUGUUGCGUAUGGCGAGCAGCAGCAGCGAGCGCGCAACCGUAUAAUAGAGAUCAGCAGUUGGUAGAAGUUAGCAGUAAAAUGAAAUGUAAUCAAAAAAAUCUAAAUCUAAAAAAUAAUAACUAAUAUAUAUAUGAAAAUACAAAAAAAAAAAAAAAAAAAAAAAAAAAAAAAAAUUGAGAAAAA